CGGGCGAUUCAGUCUAUUAAAACUUCCCCGUGCAGAAAAGUUACAGAAGUCUUGCAGCUACGAGUGACAAACGUUGUCUAAAUAUUCGCGACAAUUUACAGAUUAUCAUUUUUAUUAUCAAAAAAGAAGUACAAAGAUUCUCGUAAAGUAGAACGAGAUUCGAGAAACUUCGACUCAAGUUGAUGCUCGAAGCGUAUCUACGUAAAUCAGUAUAAGAGUUAGUUGACGAAAAACAGAGACAAAGUGUGAAUCAUGUCAAAGGCUCCGGCGGUUGGAAUCGAUUUGGGUACUACGUAUUCCUGCGUAGGUGUCUUUCAACAUGGAAAAGUUGAAAUUAUUGCCAAUGAUCAAGGAAAUCGGACUACGCCAAGUUAUGUAGCCUUCACCGAUACUGAACGAUUGAUCGGAGAUGCGGCAAAAAAUCAAGUUGCUAUGAAUCCAAGUAACACAAUUUUUGAUGCGAAACGAUUGAUUGGUCGCCGUUUCGAUGAUUCAACGGUACAGAGUGACAUGAAACAUUGGCCUUUCAUUGUGGUGAAUGAUGGAGGUAAACCGAAAAUUCAGGUUACAUACAAGGGCGAAGUGAAAACUUUCUUCCCAGAAGAAGUGUCUUCGAUGGUUCUGACGAAGAUGAAAGAAACGGCAGAGGCUUAUCUCGGAAAGACUGUUACCAACGCCGUUAUCACUGUGCCGGCUUAUUUUAAUGAUUCUCAGCGACAGGCAACAAAGGAUGCCGGUGCAAUAGCUGGUCUGAAUGUUUUGCGUAUUAUUAACGAGCCAACCGCUGCCGCCAUAGCCUAUGGUCUUGACAAAAAGACGUCAGGCGAGAAGAAUGUGCUGAUUUUCGAUCUUGGUGGUGGUACUUUCGAUGUUUCCAUUUUGACGAUCGAAGACGGUAUCUUUGAAGUGAAAUCGACGGCUGGCGAUACUCACCUUGGUGGCGAGGACUUUGACAAUCGUAUGGUCAAUCAUUUUGUCCAGGAAUUUAAGCGAAAGUACAAGAAAGACUUGAGUAGCAAUAAGAGAGCUGUUAGACGCUUGAGAACGGCUUGUGAGAGAGCAAAGAGGACCCUUAGCUCAUCGACGCAAGCUAGCAUUGAAAUCGACUCAUUAUUUGAGGGUAUCGAUUUUUAUACUUCUAUCACUCGAGCUAGAUUUGAGGAACUAUGUGCCGAUCUCUUUAGAAGCACUCUAGAACCGGUAGAGAAGGCUUUAAGGGACGCGAAAAUGGACAAGUCACAGGUGCAUAGCAUCGUCUUAGUCGGUGGAUCUACCAGAAUACCGAAGAUUCAGAAACUCUUGCAAGAUUUCUUUAAUGGCAAGGAAUUGAACAAAUCUAUUAAUCCUGAUGAGGCUGUGGCUUAUGGGGCCGCUGUACAGGCCGCUAUUUUGCACGGUGAUAAGUCCGAGGAGGUUCAAGAUCUGCUGCUACUCGAUGUUACGCCGUUGUCCCUUGGUAUCGAAACCGCUGGCGGUGUUAUGACGACUUUGAUUAAGAGAAACACUACGAUUCCUACGAAACAAACUCAAACGUUCACCACUUAUUCGGACAAUCAGCCAGGUGUACUUAUCCAAGUUUAUGAAGGAGAGAGAGCUAUGACCAAAGACAACAAUAUCUUAGGAAAGUUUGAACUUACGGGAAUUCCGCCAGCACCGAGAGGUGUGCCACAGAUUGAAGUUACUUUCGACAUUGAUGCCAAUGGCAUCUUGAAUGUUUCUGCGAUUGAAAAGUCGACUGGAAAAGAGAAUAAAAUCACGAUUACCAACGAUAAGGGCCGCUUGUCAAAGGAAGAUAUCGAAAGGAUGGUAAAUGAAGCUGAGAGAUAUCGGAAUGAAGACGAACAACAACGAGAUAGAAUCAGUGCUAAGAAUGCUCUCGAAUCUUAUUGCUUCAACAUGAAGAGUACGAUGGAGGAUGAGAAGGUGAAGGAUAAGAUAGAUGCUUCAGACAAGCAGAAGAUUCUUAACAAGUGUAACGAGGUCAUCUCUUGGAUGGAUAGUAAUCAGCUAGCAGAGAAGGAGGAAUUCCUGGAUAAGCAAAAGGAGUUGGAGUCAGUUUGCAAUCCCAUAGUUACUAAAUUGUAUCAAGAUGCUGGCGGUGCUGCUGGUGGGUUUCCUAGCAGACCUGCUACUGGUGCCGGCGGUGGCGCUGGUGGUGGACCCACCAUUGAAGAAGUUGAUUAAAAAUCAUUUCAUUAUAUCGAGCAUUUUUUUUUAUUAUGUCUUUUAUAAUUUAUUUAUUUCUCCUUAACUCUUUGAGAUGAACUAAAUUUGAUACUUGGUGGUGCAUACAUUAUUCGUGUGAAUCUAUA